AUGGGAUGCUGCGCCUCGGCGCCGUACGACGAUCUCGCCACGGUCGACGAGCGCCGAGCGAUGGCGCUGAAAGCCGCGGAAGCGCGGAAUAAGCAAAGCGAGAUGCGCGGGAUCAAGAGCGAAGCGAUGGCGAGUAAAGUGCGCGCGUCCAAGGCGGCGGCCGCGAGAACGAGCGGGGACGCGCACGGUGAUCGCAAGAGCGAACAGAUGGCGCGAGACUGGGCGUCGUGA